CGCCUGCACACCCUGCUGGCCGCCACCUGGGGUGCAUCCGCCUGCCUGGGGCUGCUGCCGGUGCUGGGCUGGAACUGCCUGGGCGAGCGCGCCGCGGCCUGCAGCGUGGUGCGCCCACUGACCCGCAGCCACGUGCGCCUGCUCGCUGCCGCCUUCUUUGCCGUCUUCGCGCUCAUGCUGCACCUCUACGUGCGGAUCUGCAAGGUGGUGUGCCGCCACGCGCACCAAAUCGCCCUGCAGCAGCACUUCCUGGCUGCCUCGCACUUGGUGGCCACCAAGAAGGGCGUGUCCACGCUGGCCAUCAUCCUGGGGACCUUCGGGGCCAGCUGGCUGCCCUUCGCCAUCUACUGCGUGGUGGGCGAGCCAGGCUACCCCUCCGUCUACACCUACGCCACCCUGCUUCCUGCCACCUACAACUCCAUGAUCAACCCCAUCAUCUACGCCUUCAGGAACCAGGAGAUCCAGCGGUCCCUCUGGGUCCUCUUCUGUGGCUGCUUUCACUCCAAAGUGGCCUUCCGCUCCAGGUCCCCCAGUGACGUGUGAGGGGCUCUUCUCUGGCCAG